AUGGCGCCUCGCGAUGAUGGGAAGAGUGGCGCAAACGGCGGUGAUGAGGUCAAGCCCGAGAGGGGCAUCGCGACGUUGUCGGCGCUAAGGUAUGCAUCCCGGUCACAUGAAAGCGCAUAUGCUCUUGAUGGUAUUCGUGGACUCGCGCUGAUAUCCUGGACAGAAUCGGCACCAAGGCUAUGGUCCAGAAGGUGAGUGGUAUCGUGCUGGCUUGGCUGAGGCCAAGGCCAGGUCCCCGACGACACUAAUCAAGUUUCAGCCAGCUAACACUUUCAUACAGGAUGGCGGAGUGCGCAAAGCCGAGAUAUUGUCCAUAGUGACUCGCAAAGGCCAGCCCCGCUUCUACGUCCACUACGUCGAGUUCAACAAGCGUCUCGACGAGUGGAUCUCCGCAGAACGGCUCGAUCUCAGCCAGGAAGUCGAGUGGCCCAUUCCGGAGAAGCCGGACAACAAGAAUAAACAGAAGAAUGCACAGUCCAAGAAUCAACAGGUUUCCAAAGCUGACUCCAAGGCGCAAACGAAGACCGGCCUGAAGCGGCCUCGCAGCGGGACGAGUGGUACUACCACCAGGGAAGGUUCUGCUGUGCCCGAUCUCUCCGACAAACUCACCAGACAGCCCUCGCAGACGGGAGGCAAAGAGAACCUGGAUCCGUCGACGACGACGAUUGCCGCGGAGGAUCUCGAUGCCACGCCGCAGCCGGACGAUGGAACUGUCGAUCUCGUCGACGUGCAGGAGCAGGCCGUCAAGGCAAAGGCCGUUCCUGACAACGUGCCGUACUCUCGCGAGGAAGAGAUCGAGAAGCUCCGCACUGGAGGCAGCAUGACUCAAAACCAGACGGAAAUUAGCAGGGUCCGGAAUCUGGAGCGCAUACAGAUGGGCGAGCACGAGAUAGAACCGUGGUAUUUCUCGCCUUACCCGGCGGAAUUCACCGAUUGUGACAUGGUCUACAUCUGCGAGUUCUGUCUAUGCUAUUUUGGCAGCAGCUUUCAGUUUGGCCGACAUCGAAAGAAGUGCCACCUACUUCAUCCACCUGGCAACGAGAUCUAUCGGGACGAGAAUGUCUCCUUCUUCGAGAUCGAUGGUCGGCGUCAGCGGACGUGGUGCCGAAAUCUUUGUCUGCUCUCCAAGCUCUUCCUGGACCACAAGACCCUGUACUACGACGUCGACCCCUUCUUGUUCUACUGCAUGACCGUCAGAUCUGAGCAUGGGCAUCAUCUCGUCGGCUACUUCUCCAAGGAGAAAGAAUCAGCCGAAGGCUACAACGUUGCCUGUAUCCUCACACUCCCGCAAUACCAGCGGAAAGGGUAUGGUGGUCUGCUCAUCCAGUUCUCCUACGAGCUCAGCAAGAUCGAGGGCAAACUCGGCUCACCCGAAAAGCCACUUUCAGAUCUGGGCCUGCUCGGCUACCGUGCCUACUGGCAGGAAGUCAUCGUCGACCUCCUCCUCGAAAAGGACGUCGCCAACACCGGCAACGGGCCGACCAUGAUCUCGGUCGAAGACAUCGGCAGUCUCCUCGCAAUGACCACGCCGGACAUCCUGCACACCCUGCAGAAUCUGAACAUGGUCCGGUAUCAGAACAAAAACCACGUGAUGGUCCUGACGGACGCCGCGCUGAAGGCGCGCGAGAAGCGCAAGGAAAAGGAACGGAUCAAGGGCAAGAGGGUCAUCGAUCCGGAGAAGCUGGUCUGGAAACCCCCCGUCUUCGCGGCCAGUGCAAGGACAUGGAAUUGGUAG